AUGAUAUGGAUUAUUAUAAAAUCUGUGAACACUCGAAAACAACAAAAGUCACAGGUGAACGACCUGAAAAAUGACUCUAGAAGGAGGAGGGCAUCCGUUGGUAAUAGGUCGCAGUUGGAGGUUGAACAAAGGCAGUACUUUGAGACUUCAAUUGAUGAUGUUAUUGAUUGUAAUGGAAAUGGAACCACUGAUGACCGUUUGUCAAGAGGAGAAGGAGAUGGUGAAGCCCAAGAAACUGAACAAGUGGCCAAGGAUGAGCUGCUCUUCUAUUACGUGAAAAUGUUAGAUGAGAUAUUUGCUGAAAAUAGUGUUAAUGUGUCAUCAACAUGUAAUAGAAGGACGGAGAAAAAGUCCAUGCCACCGCCAUGCAAACCAGGAAAACUCUACCGCCCAGGCUCAUUAGAAUUUGGUGAUAACAUUAGAAUGUCUGCCAAACAAUCACAAGUGAUCAUAAGCCCAGACUUGGUGGGUAGAAGUAAGAAGUUGUCCAAAAUGGAACCAUUUGACAACCUGUUGCUAGCAUCAGUCAGUCAUCUCUCUCACAAACUGAAAUCUGCCUCUGAGGACAUUGCAACAAAAAUAAGAAAAGCCAACAAGGCUCAUAGUUCAAAUGACUAUAUGCAGUCUAGUUGUGCUCCUCCUCUCCUUAAAGCCGGCAAUCAAGAAAUUGCUUCAAUCCUUCACAACUUACGUCAAGUUGAGAAGCAUCUAACAGAAAUCAACAAAGUAAUUGACUUUAGUAGUACAUCAUCACCGCACACGUCCACAAAAACAUACAAACAAGGAUCUAGUUCAAAGCCAAAACUAGCUUCAAGAUCCAUCUCGGCAUCAGCUUACACACACGACAACAACAAUGAAGAUGACGAUGAUAUGUAUUUUUGAUGAUGUGUCCAGCUAUCGCUCAUCUAUUAAUCUAAUAGUAAGCUAUAUGUUUUAAUUAGCACAUCGUACCAACAAGGCCUCUAUGCGUUCAUAAUUUCUUUAUAAUAUGGCGGUAAUUUUUGGUUGAAGGUGGCUCUGCAUUUACACGUCUCUGUUUGUGUAUCAAGAACAACGCUAAAGCAACGAUGCAUUAUCCAUCACGGUUAUUAAAUAAACCUGUAAAGUUUAGAUAUAAAAUUGAUAUGAUAUGAAUUUAAAAAAAAUUCAAAUUAGAUGUAAAGAAAAGGUAAUAGAUAAGGACGUAUAAUUGGUUGAUUAAAUGAUCCAUCCAAGCUAUCAACCAAUUAAAAUUAUUUUAGUCAGUAAGCAUAUUUGUAGAAGUAUUUGCAUGUUACUGGAUGCAUGAUUAAUAAGCAAGGAGUCUAUAAACUGACAGCAUUUUAUAUAAGUAAAUUUUAAAGAAGAUGGGGGGGGGGUGUUCAGUCAUCUGCAUGUGGCUUUAACCAUUUUUAAAGAGAUAAGGGGUCAUAAGUCAUUAGCUUUAAACCCAAGGAAAAGCUUAAUGAUAGAUGACUAAUGUUACAUUGAUUUUUAUAGACAUUUUUAGCCCUGUGAAUAAUUGUUUUCUAUGCAUUGUAAAAAAACUGAAAUAAGUAAUGUCGUGCGUUGUAUAGAAAAAGAGUCUUGGCAUUGGUUUUUGGAUAAUCUGAGAUAAGGUGGUAGGAGAAUAUGAAAAAUAGGGAGGUUAUAAGGAAGAUGGGGAGGGGGUAUCAGAAAAAAUGGAGAAUAUUAGCUGAGGUCAGCCAUACAGUAAUAUAGGUGUUUUUUUUGUUUUUUUUAUAACUUGCCUCUCUCAUAAGUGCAUACCAUAACCAGCCAAUCAGAUGGUUGGUAGGUUUGGAUGUUUAAUUUCAAGAAGCAAAGAAGGUUGAAUAUACUGAAAUUGAUCAUGAUGCCAAUGCCUGCUGCAUACGAGAGCAAAUACUUGCGUCAAAUGUCAUUCGUGUCAGUUGGCUUAAGCGCAUAACUCUUGUAUGUGGCUGGCUUUAAGUUUGUAGAUAAAGAAGUGCAAUGGAGUGCAGUGCCAAACUUUAAGAAUAUUUUAAUUUAAAGUGCAACUUGGAGGUCAUACAGCAGGUCCUUAAGUGUUGCGGUUGCAUGCUACCUGUUAUGCAAAUUUAUGUAUCCAAUGCACAAAAGCCAUAGACUUGUAUCCUGUAUUUGUGCACAGUUUGUUUUAAUUUAGAAACUCCCACUUCAAUGAUAGUAUGUAUAAAUAUAAACAGUAUAUAUAUUACCUCAAUAGAAUUUAGAACCCGGUUUGCAAUGUGUUUAAGUCUUUUCACCAAGGUGUAUAUAUAUUAAGUGUCUUUCGUUAACAUUUGUGUAAUAUUUUUGUAUAAUUUAAAUAUAAUCCUAAAUAUCUUCCUCUUAUUCCCACCUUUUUUAAAUUGUCAUAUACUGUAAUGAAGUCUGCUUAAUUAACAUGUGAUCUUAUUUCAUGCUAAUUUGUCCCACCUACAUUUGCAUAUUCUUUGUAUACACAUAUUUCUACUGGAUAUGUGGUAGCUGAUUAUUUAUUGUUCCUUUAGCAUAUGUGGCAAUCCUUUUUUCAAUUUAUAAUUAUUGUUUGAUUUGUUUUCGUUUCAAUUUUUUAUGCGAUAUACCAUGUCUACUUACAUUAUAGGACUUGUCUUUUUACUGUGUAUAUUUUUCACAUGGGCACUACAGAAGUAUGAAAGAAUCUCUGUUGUCGUAAGAACCUUUGAUCAUACUGAUUAAAUAGAGCAAUGUGUUACUUUAGGGGAAGAUCAAGGGUGAUUUUGGGGUAAAGGGGAGGGGUACUGAAAGUGCCAACCAAAGACUUAUGAUCCAAGAGAAGCUGCGUAGUUUCAUGUUUUAUCUAAGUGACACUUUGUUGAAGAUUUUUUUUACUGAUGCUAGGAUUAGGUGGGGUGGUGAAAGGGGCACUCACUCCAUCCCCUGGAUCUGUUAAUAUACUGUACUGUGAAUCAUGAUUCAGACAAAACUCUUUUGAUCAAAAAUUAUGUUGAUAAUGUUGCUUGGCUUAAUGUCUUCCUUACUUCAUGUCUAAUGUUUGAAACUGUGAAAUACAUUUAGAAGUUGUUGAUUCUGUGUAUGUCCCAUGUAUGUAAUAAGUAACACAUACAGUACACUAUUUUAAAAAGAGCAGUGUUUUCUCCCUGUUUACUGCGCAGUCCACCACUAGGGGUGGUGCUGCACUGUGGAUGCUGUGGGUCUCUAGAGUCAAGUUCAAAUUUCCUGGUUCAUUAAUUAGGAUUAAUGAGUUAGUUUACCAGGUUGAUAUUUUUUUUAACAAUGUAGAAUGAUUGAACGUAUACCAUAAAUAAGGAACUUUGGAAUUUGUACAAAAUUUUAGAAGUUUUAAGUACAUUUUCCUUAUCUGAUCAUUUUCCUAAAAAUAUUGUUUACUUCCAGUAAGUAUCAAAUUUGUUUGAAUUAUCUGUUUAAUAUACUGUAAUACAGAUAAACCAACAAGUAGUAAAUAUUUUAUAAGUUUUUAAAAUGUAAUUGUGUGUGACAUGAUGUUAAUGAUACCAGAAGACCUGGCUUAACUCUUAGUGAAGGUGUCAAUUAAACAUAAGAUGAAGAUAAGUUUCACAACCAGAUGGUAUUUGUGGCAGAGCCAAGCCAAAGGAGAGAUAAGUCGCAUAGGCAGUUUUCCAAUAAAUGCACAAAUGUGAAAUUGGUCAUUUUCAAAGCCAGUUUUCUCAAAAUACACUUACCAAGUAUCCUAACUUUGAUUGCCCAUAACUUCGCCAUAAACUAUUAUAUCAAAGUGAUUUUUUUUUUUUGCAUUUUGAAGGUAAUAUUAAUAAUGUCUAGUUUCAUAAUAUGUACAAAACUCAAUUUGGAAAAUUUAAACUUAUCCCUCCUUCGGCUUGGCUCUGCCACAUUGGUGGUGACAAUCUGGUUUUGAUGAUGUACGAUGUUGAAUACAUAUUUUAAUAAUGCUAUGAUACAUUUUUGGCAAAUAUGCAUGCAUGGUAUUGAUUGUCAUAUAUGGUAUUAAUUAUAAGAGGCCUAUUCUUGUUGUAUGAGUACAAUGCAAGUGCCGAAACAAUUUCUAAUGGGAAAUUAUAAAUCUGUAAUAUCAUGUGACUUAAUUCUGCAUAUCUACAUAAGCUGCGAAAUAAACUGAUGAAGCUGAAUAGAA